GCAUUGUACGGUUGUCACGUUCCUAAAUAAGAAAACCUUUUAUUUAUUUAUUUUUUCCCGCACAAUAUAAAGAGCCAAACCUCGUCUCAUUCAAUCUCUCAACUUCAUCUCUUUCUUUACUCUACUUUUUAAUAACUGUUAUUUUGCCGAGGAAAGAAACCCGAUGUCGAUUAGCAGUGAGUCUCCGUCCGCCGCCGCGAGCGGUGGGGGAAGUGGCUCCGACGCCGGCGAGAUCAUGCUGUUUGGUGUCAGGGUGAAGGUUGAUCCGAUGAGGAAGUGCGUGAGCAUGAACAAUCUGUCCGAGUAUGAGCCUGUUGGUGGUAGCAACGGCGAUCCGAGCGGUAAGGAGUUUCCUAAGGCGGCGGCCGUGGCGGAGGGUGGUGGAGCCGCUGGGUAUGCCUCCGCUGAUGAAGCGGUAGCGCCACCGUCCAGCGGGACUGGAGAGCGUAAGCGAGGUGUCCCAUGGACAGAGGAAGAGCACAGGCUUUUUCUUGUUGGAUUGCAAAAGGUUGGAAAAGGAGAUUGGAGAGGGAUCUCUAGAAACUAUGUCAAGACUCGAACUCCGACUCAAGUCGCGAGCCAUGCGCAGAAAUACUUUCUCCGCCGGAGUAACCUUAACCGCCGGAGGCGUCGAUCGAGCCUCUUCGACAUCACCACCGACUCUGUUACUGAAGCACCAAUGGAAGAGGCUAAAAACCAUCAAGAUAGAGACAGUCGAGGCGGAGCUCAACCAGUUUCUCAUUCUCAGACGGCUUUUGUGCCGUUUGCUGUAACUCCCAAUAUCAACGGAUUCUCCAUGGUGCCUUUUCCCGUGUCUUUUAGCCCGGUUUUAUUACCAAUGCAGCAAAACGGGCACCACCCAAUGGAAAACUCGGGUUUAGCUCAAGCUGACCGUAUGAAUAGCUCUCAGCCAGUGUUUGUCCCAGUUGUUCGUGUCCCAAUUUCUUCGGCUAUGGCGCCUCCCGAGCUUUCUUUGUCGACUGGCGGCCAAUCUUUUCCGGUGAUGUCGAGCUUGAAAAAUGGAGAUGGGUUCAUAAGUGUUGCUUGAGGAAGAACUGUUUGAAAAGGAGCAACUGCUAAAAAAAAUGGGGAAAAAAGGUGAGUUAUGGUAAUUAGAGAGAGAAAAAGAAAACAUUUUAGUGAAAAAGAUAGGGAGAGAUUUGAUUAAGAAAUAGACUGCUCAACUAGCUUUUGACUUGAGAGAAGCCAUGAUCUUAUGCAUUGUACAGACCAGAGAAAUAUGAUGCUUUGUUGUUCUCUCUUUGUUUUUAUUGAUAAUGUUUAAGAUUCUUGCUUUGUUGGUUUGUCCCUUUUGGUGAUUGAAGAAUAAAAUAGAGAGAGCCUUUUGGAUUGUUUAUAGCCCUUGAAUUUGUGCUUUAUUAUUAUGUUGUGUUGGGGGGCUUUGUUGUCCCUUUAUGAAAUGUGUGUGCUUAUGAUAACUUUUUUUAUUUAGCAUUGAAUGUGGGAUAAAGUUGAU